ACAUUUGGUUCCGGUCACCAGACUACAGGAAAUAUGCGCCAUAGUAUUUUGUGAUUCAACCAACGAUGACGGAAGAAUUCGUCACAAAUUACGACCAUUUCCCAAUGUUGGACCGUUGAGUUUUGGGAAGAAAUGUGAUUAUUCUUCAUUCUACAAGGUAACCUGCAGAUGAUCAACAUUUGAUUCUGCGUCAUUGCAGCUAACUUUUCAAGUUUCCUUAGCAACGCAUCUUGACGUCGCCAUGGAGUUUUACUCUAGCAACCCAGUCAUGGCAGUGGCAUCGUGUCUGCCAGAUAGUGGAGGCGUUGAAGCCCAGGUACUAGACCGAGGCAGUCAGUCGGGCCCAUGCUCUACUAGCGAGACAAGAGAGGGCGCUGUUAUGGAGUCUGAAGCAGGUGUUCUUGAAACGGACGAUAGUCUAGAUCUAUGUAGUCCUCAUAAUGAAGAUGAAGGGCUAGACAUUUCUCCUGUCAUGUCAGAACCUUUAGUCCACCCGCCCCAGUCUGUGCCAUCCCAUCUCAUAGAGGGACACCUGAGAGAAAUUGAGCAGGUUGCUGAGAGUGCCGUGGCAUGCCAGAUAUUCUCUGACCCGGGCUCCAGCCGUCUUCGUUACAGGGAAGGUCAGCCCAAGCCUAGUGAGGUUGUUUGUCUUGGUGCCACAGCUGCUGCUGCUUCAGAUUCACCUGUGGUCAUAUCAGACAGUGGUGAUUACAACAUGAUGUCAGUGGGCAACUCACCGGUGCCUCCUCUGGAGAGCGAGAGCUACAGUGAUUACUCUGACGAGCCCAUCCCAGGUUUGGUCUCCAUGCGACAUUAUAAGCCAUUCAAACCCAAGAUACUAAACAGUAGUGGUGACGGAAUGCUGAGUUCAGCAAGCGGAGAUUCCGAUCUUGACAGGUUAAGCAGUCACUCCAUCAGUCCAUCAGGAGCCUGGCUACCUCAAGGCACAGAUGCGCAUCCCGGACCCUCAGAAGGACAGGGAUUCCAACCAUACCGCAGGCAACAUCCAAUCGUCCUCUCUAACAAGAAACCACGACUUCACAGCAACUCGGGCCCCAGCUCCUCUUCCUUCAGCGUGAGUGAGAACUCGGCCUUCGAGGCCCGCAGUCACCUCUUUCCAAACACCAAGGAGGACACCGAAGCACACCGCAGGUUAUCCAGCGACCACCAUGCCUUACCCUAUGAUCCUGCUGAACCUGAGCUAGUAGACAUUGACCUUACUGUCAGAGACAGAGAUUCAUUAGAUCUGGAGGAUCAAGAGGAUCCAUGGGCCAGUCCAGGUACCAGUCUCUCAGUUGCUCACGGUUCAGCCACGCCUACCUUCUCCAGCACUGACACUGGCCCCGCCCCUAGCUGUGCAGACUACUCAGACUCCGACAUCGAUGUGGUUAGCGUGGAUGAAUUUGAUGUAUCUGGCCACGGUAAUAAUCCUUCCAUCAGUAGAGAUGUGGCAUGGGACGAUCCUCUACUACCGUUAUCAGGAGCUCUAGAUUUCAUCCCACCCUAUGAUGAACCCUUGCCAGGCCCUAGUGGCAUCAUGAGACCCUCUAACAAUGAGACGGUGGACUUGGUAGAGUCUUCCGAUUCAGAGAAUAGCGAUGAGAGUGACGACGAUCUCAAUCUGGAGGAGAGUCACGAUGAAGCAGAUGAUGACAUUGAAGUGGUGUCAGUGGACAUGGGUUCCAAUAAUGACCGCUGGGGAGUUCAGUCGAAUAAUGCUUGCCCUAGGAAGAUGAGUGGUGGCCUUAAGCAUCCGUUGGUCAAAGGUCAAAGGAAGAAGCGCCCUCUAUCACCCCUCAUUGUGGAUUUGACUGAAUCCGAUGGUGAAGACCCAUCGUCCAGCAUUCCUGAGCUAGAGCCAGUUCCUGAUACAAACCAAGAAGCAUUGUCUGAUGAAGCCAGCAUCCAACCGCCACCGCCUCCAUCCCAAGCUAAGCCGCUUCCCCCGUGCACCAGCUGUCGUCAGUUAAGUCCCCAGCCUGUAAUCUCAUCCCCAGUGACGACGACUCCUCCUCCACCUUACCACUUACCUCGUCACCACCAUCACCAUCACCAACACCUUCACCCUCGCCGCGCUUGCAUGCACGAGGGCGCUGUUCCUGGUGCUCCACUGCUGCACCAUGUUGGCUGCAUCUACUCUGGUGGCCGAGCUGCCUGUGCCUGCCACUCACCAAGAACUCAGCUCCAGAGGGGGAGCCCUUCUGUCGGAGAGCACAAUCACACCGGAGCCCGUGAGAGAGAUCAGGAUGUGCCAGCGAGGGAACAGAAGUCUUCUGCAGGGACCAAGAAACCUGUAUCCCUCGGAAAACAACUUCCAAGACCCAAAUCCAAGGAGAAGAAAGAGACCCUUCCCCCAUCUGCUGAUGUGACCCCUGACCCCCAGAGGUCAUCACAGGUCAGUGAUCUUCACAGCUAUCAGGGGCAACUCGGUCGGCGAGGUCACAGUGAGGAAUGCCGUGCACACAAUCAUCAUGCACAUGUUCAUCAGUCUGGCUGCUCUGUUCGAGUCCAACAAAGUGGAUCAAGACCAUCCUCCUUCCAGCUUCAUGUCCAUCAUUCCCACAACCACCGACGCCCACCAACCAGUGACUCUGUCCAGCAGGGCCCCACCCAGACCACACCCCAGGUCCCAACCCAUGGCCAAGCCCAGCCCCAGCCUCCACCUGCCCACCAUCACCACCCUACUCAGCGCCAGCAACCCAUCGCUGAGAUCAGACUCCCUCAGCAAGGGUCCUCGGUUCCCUUACGUCACCAGCAGCUGUAUCAGCAACAGAAUCGAAUGAGGGAGUUACAGAGACUGCACAUGUCCAGGAUGAGAGAUUCCCAUUUUGACGCCGUGACGCCAUAUUCGGCACAGAUGCUGCGUCUCUACCACCACCAACAGCAGCAGCAGCAGCAGCAACAUCAGCAGCACCAGCAGCAGCAGGAAAACCCUCUGGAACAAUUGGAGCAUUUCUACUCUGCACCGCACCAUCACCGACAGCAGCAGCAGCAGCAGCAGCAGCAGCAGCAGCAGCAACAGCAACAACAACAGCAGCAGCAGCAACAACAGCAGUCUGAAAGUUGCCAGCGUAUAAUGCACAAUGCUCAGCCUCCGCAGGCCCACACGACCUACCCACCCGGUCACCCUCUACUCCAUCACCCUAGCCCAUACACCCAGCCCCACUCACACCCCUUAGCCCAUGCCUUGCCCCAAGCUCAUCUUCACCCUACACUGCCAGCAUUGCAGCCGGUCCAACCACAACCCCAGCAAAUGGAAGUGGAACACAUUGAGCCUGUGGUCGGUCCUGCUCCUAACAUUGACAGCAGCGAGCCGCUCACCAUACCACCACCUUUCCUGGACAGUAACUUCUCUCCUCAACAUCGUCAUUUACAUCACCACCUUCACCAUUAUCACCACACUGCCCCACCGGCACCACCCCAACAGCGUAGUACAGGAGGCUUCCAUCCUGCAUUCUAUGGCAACUAUCCCAGCAUGGCUGAUUUACCUCCUCUGACGGCUCAUCCAUUUUACCGUGCCUAUCGGGUGCCGCUGAUGCGUAGGAUGGGACGUGGUCCCAUGUAUGAGGAAUUGGUUCAGUUGAGUGAGCGAAUGGGCCAAGUGAACCGUGGAGCUAGUCGCAUCACUAUUGAGAGAAAUACCUUCCCUCAUAAAUAUCACAAGAGAAAGCGUCCUGCAGAGGAGAGCUCUUGCGCCGAGGCAGAGAAUUCAUCAGAGAAUGCCACGGAAGGAGCAUCAUCUGAGACCAACUGCUCAAAACCUAAAAUCACUGAUGAUGACGAUGAUGAAGAGAAAUGCACCAUCUGUCUGUCGUACUUUGAUGAGAACGAAGACGUUCGUCGUCUGCCCUGCAUGCACCUGUUUCAUGUUGAGUGCGUGGACCAGUGGCUGAGUACCAACAAGCGAUGUCCAAUCUGCCGGGUCGAUAUUGAGACCAAGAUGCCUAAGGAUGCCACAUGACUAGACGGGGAGGAGAAACAACUGUGAUGGGCGGAGUCUCCAGCCAGCCCCUCCCCUGGUGCCCCUCCUGGUAACCAAACAGGCAUACUUGUCUGCAUUGUCCAGCGCCAAUGUAUCACCAAAGAUUUGGUCUUGUUGCCAGACUCAACUCCAAGACCCACAUAGCAUGGUGUGUACACCUGUUCAAUAACUGCAUGUAUUUAAACUCAGCAGUCACAUGCCAAACUGCAGUCACCCUUCUCAUCCAUUAAAAAUCACCUAAAUGUUGCCUCCCCGACCCUUCCACCCCUUCACUUACUAAUACCAGCACAGCCUUAGAAAUACUAUUUACUCCAGAGUUACUCCAUUAUUGUGGUAGUUCAGUACUUAGUUAAUGUUAAAAUAAAACUGUUUGGUGCAGGGACUUCUCGAACAAAAUGUACAAAAACAACAAAUAGUUUUUAAUAGAAUUUAAAAUAAUUAUCCUUGGAAAUGAAUAUAGUAUGUAAGAAAACUGCUUAAAUGUAUAACAGUUUGCUGAAAAUUUCUCAAAGUCAAAAAUUUCUUGUGAUGUUUAUAAAACAAGCAAUUGAAGUGUUCAUUUCAACACCCCCCCCAAAAAAAAUAGUAAUUGCAUGUAUACGGUGAAGGACUCAAUAUUUAAAAAUUAUCAUUUUGUUGACAGGCUACAGUCUUUAGAUCUUUUUUUUUUUAGUUUCAAAAGUUCUUCCGAGCAGUUUAUAAAAUUGUCCACAUGCUGUGCCAAUUCAUCAGAGUAUUGUUUCCUUUAAUAGUGCUUAUGUUUAUUGUUGAAGCCGUCUUGUGCCCGGACAGUCCAAUGCUAAUUGCUGUGUAGGGAAAAUGCUUUUUAGGUCUGUAGGCUGGUUCCUGCCCUUUCAGGAAAUUUACUGGCCUUGGUUUUUACUGAACGACUUUCUAGGGAGCACUGGACAGAAAAUAAAAGGUAUAUACAAAUAUAUAUUGCACCUAAUAACACUGCAAAUUAAAGAUUCGUACAUGGCGCUCAUUUAUUUUUAUAGGCUAGGCGACUCUUAUGGAAUGACAGAGAAAAUAUUUUUCUUGCACAAGUAUGUCGCGUGCAUUUUAUGAACAAGAAAACUGUUAUGUCGUGUCGUAUUCCUUGUAUCCUUCUUAUGUCAAAUACCACUCAAGCAUUUUAAAUGUAUGUACUACAACUUUUUAUUUUUCAAAGUUGAAUUCUACCAUGAAAUCAAACGGUAGAUGUUAGUAGUUUUGUAUAAUGUACUUGAAUCUGUUACACAACGAAUGGAUUGGCAUUUUGCAUCUUAUUACAGUGGCAGUGGAAUAGAUGUUGAUUUUAUUUAGUCAUUUGGGGUUAUGUGAGUUUAUUACACCGGAUCUUUUGUUCGCCUGUCAGUAUUUUUUUCUUUUUUAAGCAGCCAGCUUGUCCUGACAGGUAUAACAAUUAAAUUAAUAGCACACAUAGUUGUUUGCAUGUCAUAUUACUCAUAUUUAUUACAACAUUGUAAACAUAAAUGUUACAGACAUUACAUUUAGUAGCAUGCACUUGGUAAAUUCACUGAUCAAAUAACUACAAUUGUUUUUUAAUAAAAACUUAUCAGAUUCAAAGUAAUCUUUUUAUACGGUGAAUUGGUUUCCAAAAUUGUCCACAGGUUGUAAGGUUGAAUGAAUUAAUUUCUCAGUUUCACUGAUUUUAGAGGUAAAGUAUAAUUGGUUGAGGGAGAAUGUAAACAUACAAUACUGAUAUCAAUUUGCAUGUCUGUAAUGUAGAGAGUUUUAUGACAGUGUAAUUACUAUGUGGUCUUGUACUUGUUAAUACGCAGAUUAGAAAUUGACCAAUAAAUUUUUGUAGGCAGAAAAAUA